UUAACUUUCUGUUUUCUUACUCAGGAAGAAAUAGAUAAAAUAGUAGAAACCAUAGAGUCAAUGACUGGGAAUAUUCAGAGCCUAAAGAACAAAAUUCAAGUUCUGACAAGUGAGGUGGAAGAAGAGGAAGAGAAAGUAAAACAGAUGUUUCAAAUAGAUAGUGGGAUACUCUGUCUUCCAGAACUUUCUCAGAAGAGUCUCAAAGCACCCACACUUCAGAAAGAAAUGUUGACAUCAAUUCCAAACCAUAAAGCUCUUCUGAGAGACUUAGAUGUUCUCCAUAACUCAUCCCAGAUGAAGAAUGUGUUAACUUUCAUCGAAGAAGCCUAUAAGAGACUGGAUGUCCUUUAAGAGUUUUUUAGUCUGUUCUGUAUUAAUUUAAAAUUUAUGAGUUUGUAAAACUUAACCUAUGAUGAUACCGCUGAAGCUGAGGCUUCUUUGGGAUUUAUUUUCAACAUACACUUAAAAUUAGCCUCUGCAGAUCUAUUAGCAUCUAAUGUAGUCCAAAAAACUGUUUUUAAUUGUUGUCAAAUCUAGGAACUCACAUUUU